CCCCCCGACCACUCGGCCGGUCCACGGGCUAGAACCAGCGCUGGAGAGGCGCUGACUACCGCCGGUGGCCGCGUUGUGUUGCCAACCUUGCCCCAACCCCACGGCCAACUCCCAGAUGGUGCAGUGAAGAUGUCCGUGGCCGCAGCCGCCUUCUCCAAUGGAUUCUUGCUGGACGACUGGAGGGUGGAAGCAGAGAUGGGCAGGGUGAGCCGCAGCCUGGAGCUGGGCUCCGUCAUGACCCUGUUCCAUCAGAAGAAGUCUCAGAGACCCGAGAGGAAGACGUUCCAGGUUAGACUGGAGACUCGGCAGAUCACCUGGAGCAGGACAUGCGAGAAGACGGAGGGCGAGAUUGAUAUACGGGAAAUUAAAGAAAUUCGACCUGGGAAGAACUCGAGGGAUUUUGAUCGAUACCCAGAUGAGGCGCGGAAACUGGACAGCGGUCUGUGUUUUGUCAUUCUCUACGGGAUGGAGUUCAGACUCAAGACACUCAGUCUCUCAGCAUUCAAUGAAGAUGACAUCAACACGUGGAUAACAGGAUUGAACUGGUUGGUGCAGGACGUGCAGAAAUCUCCCACACCUCUCCACCUGGAACGGUGGCUCAGGAAACAGUACAACACAAUGGACAGGAACAAAGAGAACAGCGUCACGGUGAAGGAGCUGAAGGCAUUGCUGCCGCAGGUCAACUACCGAGUGCCCAACAUGAGGUUCCUCAGAGACAGGCUGUCGGAGCUGGACACGAGGAUGGACAUGAGCUGCGGACACUUUGGCCAAUUUUAUCGGAACCUGAUGUUUGAUGCACAGAAGCCGAUAAUUGAACAGCUGGAGCUGUCGUUUCCUCUCAGGAAUGUGGAGAGGCCAGAACACUGUCAAGUGACGCUCUUUGACUUCCAGAAGUUUCUGCAGUAUGAUCAGAAGGAAAGUUGGGCAAGUGACACUAACAAAGUGCGUGAGUGCAUCUUUAAUUACUUGAAAGACCCUCUGCGGGAGACAUCAGACCCAGUGCUUCAACUGGAUGAGUUCCUGGCGUAUCUGUUCUCCAAAGAGAACAUGAUUUUGGACUCUCGCUUUGACCGUGUGUGCCCUGAAGAGAUGAAUCACCCUCUCUCCUUCUACUGGAUCUCCUCCUCACACAACACGUACCUGACUGGGGACCAGUUUUCCAGUGAGUCGUCGUUAGAAGCCUACGCUCGAUGCCUGAGGAUGGGAUGCCGCUGCAUAGAACUGGACUGCUGGGAUGGACCAGAUGACCUGCCCAUCAUUUAUCACGGACACACACUAACCUCCAAAAUCAAGUUCCUGGACGUUCUCUACACCAUCAAGGACCAUGCCUUCGUCACCUCAGAGUACCCCAUAAUCCUCUCCAUUGAGGACCACUGCAGCGUUGUACAGCAGAGGAACAUGGCUUCCUACUUCAAGAAGGUGUUUGGAGACAUGUUGCUGACCAAACCCGUGGACAUUAAUGCCGAUGAACUCCCAUCCCCCAAUCAGCUGAAGAAGAAGAUUCUGAUCAAGCACAAGAAGCUGGUGGAGGGUAACCUGUAUGAAGAGGUGACGUCAGGCAGCUACUCUGAGAAUGACAUCAGCAACUCCAUCAAGAACGGCAUCCUGUACCUAGAGGACCCCAUUGACCACAAUUGGAGUCCUCAUUAUUUUGUCCUGACGAGUAAUAAGAUCUACUACUCUGAGGAAACGUCCAGGUACCAUAACAAUGAGGAUGAAGAGGAAGAGGAACAGAAGGAGGAAUUCAACAACAACGAUUUGCACUUCAAUGAGAAGUGGUUCCAUGGAAAGUUGGGCGGAGGAAGAGACGGGCGUCAGAUAGCAGAGAAGCUGCUGCAUGAGUAUUGCACGGAGACAGGCGGGAAAGACGGAACGUUCUUGGUGCGGGAGAGCGAGACGUUCGUGGGUGACUACACCCUGUCCUUCUGGAGAACAGGCCGUGUUCAACAUUGCCGCAUCCACUCGCGACAGGAAGCGGGCACCACCAAGUUCUACCUGACGGACAACCUGGUCUUCGACAGCCUCUACACGCUGAUCAGCCACUACCGUGAAGUCCCGCUGCGUUGCAACGAGUUUGAGAUGAGACUGACCGACCCGGUACCUCAGCCCAAUGCACACGAGACCAAAGAGUGGUAUCACGCUAACCUCACGCGGCUCCAGGCAGAACACAUGUUGAUGCGUGUGCCACGGGAUGGGGCGUUCCUGGUGCGCAUGAGGAACGAGGCCAACUCCUACGCCAUCUCCUUCCGGGCAGAGGGCAAGAUCAAACACUGCCGUAUCCAGCAGGAGGGUCGCCUCUUCAUGCUGGGCAGCUCGGCCGAGUUUGAGAGCCUGGUCGACCUGGUCAACUACUACGAGAAGCACUCGCUGUAUCGCAAGAUGAAGCUCCGCUACCCCAUCAACGAGGAGACGCUGGAGAAGAUGGGGACCACGGAGCUGGACUAUGGAGCCUUGUAUGAGAUGAGGACACCACACUUCUACGUAGAAGCCAAUAAGAUGCCAACAGUAAGGUGCUCGGUGAAGGCCUUGUACGACUACAAGGCCCAGCGGGAGGAUGAGCUGUCCUUCUGCAAGCAGGCCCUGAUCCACAACGUGGACAAGCAGGAGGGGGGCUGGUGGAGAGGGGAUUAUGGGGGCAAGAAGCAGCUGUGGUUCCCGGCCAAUUACGUGGAGGAGACCAGCAACGAGACGGCAGCGGUGGAGCCCGACGGGAGGCAGUCGGUGGAGAACAGUCCACUGGGAAGUUUCCUCAAAGGGUUUAUCGAUGUUCCGACGUGCUACGUGGUGAUACACAAGGAUGGCAAGGGGAGCAAGCAGUACGUGUUCACCAUCAACUCCCAGCAGACGUGUCACCCCGCGCAGCUGCUCGACGUGGCAGCCGACAGUCAGGACGACCUGACCGACUGGGUGGCCAAGAUCCGUGAAGCAGCGCAGAACGCAGACGCCAGGAUGCAGGAAGGGAAGAUCAUGGAGAGACGGAAGAAGAUUGCGCUGGAGCUGUCGGAGCUGGUGGUAUAUUGCCGUCCCGUGCCCUUCGAUGAAGAGAAGAUCGGCACGGACAAGGCAUGUUAUCGGGACAUGUCAUCGUUCCCGGAGACCAAGGCUGAGAAAUACGCCAACAAGGGCAAAGGCAAGAGGUUCCUGCAGUACAACCACCGGCAGCUGAGCCGGGUUUACCCACGCGGGCAGCGGCUCGACUCCUCCAACUACGACCCACUGCCCAUGUGGCUGUGUGGCAGUCAGCUGGUGGCCCUCAACUUCCAGACGCCAGACAAGCCGAUGCAACUGAACCAGGCAAUCUUCAGCAUGAACGGCCGUUGUGGCUACGUGCUGCACCCCAACAUCAUGAAGGAGGACAUCUUCGACCCCUUCGACAAGAACACCCUGAAAGGUGUGGAGCCCAUCACCAUCCAGCUACAGAUCCUGGGUGCUCGGCACCUGCCCAAGAACGGAAGGAGCAUCGUCUGCCCGUUUGUGGAGCUGGAGGUUUGUGGAGCGGAGUACGACAACAGCAAGUACAAGACAGAGGUGGUGGCUGACAACGGUCUCAACCCCGUCUGGCUCUUCAAGCAGUUUGUCUUUGAUGUCAACAACCCCAGCUUUGCCUUCCUGAAGUUCAUUGUGUACGAUGAGGACAUGUUCAGUGACCCCAACUUCCUGGCGCAAGCCACCUACCCCGUGACCGGGCUGAAAACAGGAUACAGAUCGGUGCCGCUGAAGAACAGUUACAGCGAGGAGCUGGAUUUGGCAUCCCUGCUGGUUCACAUCGAGAUAGUCAAUGCCAAGGAGGAGGAUGAUGAGAACCUGUACUCGUCCAUCCAGCAACUGCGUGACCGGACCAGCGAGCUGAGCAGCCAAGUGUCCAGCUACCAGAGCAGCAACAGCGCUGACUCCCACUACCAGCAGCGGCUGGCCGAGCUGCGGGUGGUUCAAGACCAGCUCCAGGAGCUAACGGAGGCUCGCAACAAACGCCUGAUUGAGAAGAAGAAGCGGGAUCGACUCCGGCAGCAGGUGGUGAGCAAGAGGAACUGACCACCGCCAACACCCGGCAUCACCCACGCUGCCAACUGACCGCCAGCCACCGGCUCGCCGUUUCCAUGGAAACCCUCUGCCAACUCGGCCUACACUGGGGCAAAGCCUGGCGGAUUCCAUUCAGCCCAGGGAGCAGCAGUCCAGCCCAAGCCUUGUGGCAGCAAGAUCACAGACUAACGGAAUGUGUAGGAAGGAACUGCAGAUGCUGGUUUACACCCAAGAUAUACAAAAUGCUGGAGUAACUCAGCGGGACAGGCAGCAUCUCUGGAGAGAAGGAAUGGGUGACGCUUCGGGAAGAAGGGAGACCUGCAAGUUGUUUCUUGUCAAACACUUAGCCAGCACUCUUCAUUUAAGAUUAUUAAGAGAUUGGACAGGCUAGAUGCAGGAAACAUGUUCCCUAUGUUGAGGGAGUCCAGAACCAGGGGCCACAGUUUAAGAAUAAGGUGUAGGUCAUUUCGGAGUGAGAUGAGGAAAAAUAAUUUCACCCAGAGAGUUGUGAAUCUGUGGAAUUCUCUGCCACAGAAGGCAGUGGAGGCCAAUUCACUGGAUGUUUUCAAGAGAGAGUUAGAUUUAGCUCGUAAAGCUAACGGAAUCAAGGGAUAUGGGGAGAAAGUAGGAACGGGGUACUGAUUUUAGAUGAUCAGCCAUGAUCACAGUGAAUGGCGGUGCUGGCUUGAAGGGCCGAAUGGCCUAAUCCUGCACACAUUUUCUAUGUUCUACAGAGGAUCCAGGACAAUCCAGGAUUGUCGUGUGAACAUCCAGCCUGAUUUUCUGUUCUAUUUCACCUCCUGCGUUGGGCCGAAUGGCCUACUCCCGCACCUAUUGUCUAUGUAACUAUGACCUGAAACGUCACCCAUUCCUUCACUCCAGAGAUGCUGCCUGUCCCGCUGAGUUUCUCCAGCAUUUUGUGUCUCUCACAGACAAACGUUUCAGCUCUGUGCCUUUUAACAUUUCUCUAUUUCCCCUCUCACCGUGUCAUGUUGGCAGAUGACUGGCUCUUUUCUAAACUGUCCCAGCGUCGGGAUGAUGUUUUGAACAUUGUGUUUUCCCAUCAGUUUGAGAGCAGCUCGCCGUUCCCGACAGACUAGGGCACGGUGAUGCGCGGCGAUAGUUUCUCUGCCUCUGUUGUUCACUCACCUCCACCCUGGAUGUUCUGUGUGUGUGACACGUUCACUCUGAGUGUCACCUUCAUACUCUCCCCAUCGCCCGUUGUAGAGUAACUGGAGAGCUGCCAGUACAUAAAGUCACCGUGGUUUAUCACACCCAGAAACUAUGCACACACGGCUGAGGAUAGAUAUCCUCUGUAGUUGGGACGUUUGUCCGUGUGUUGCUCAAUCAGGGCGCAGCCUGAACAGAAAGAAAACGCAGACAGAAAACGCACAUGCGUUUUUUGGAGAUGUUUCGAUCUCUUGUUUAGUUAUGUAUUGCUCUGCUGGGAGCAGGUUUCUUUGUUUGUACCCUGCAACUGGCUUUGCCCAACUCACCCAGUUGCCCACUGUUGGUCGGGCUGGAGACCGGUGCCAGCGACUAUCACACACACGCACACGAACACGCCACAGGGGACUUUUUUCUUUAAAGAAAUGAUUAUUUUUCCAGGUUUCAACUGUACAAAGUGAUGAGGGCGAGCGAGGCUCAGCGUAUAGGCAGAGCACUAGAGGCCCAGCGUAUAGGCAGAAGCCAGCACUAGCAAGCGUAAAUAACACAUGUAAAGCAACGAUGUAAUGCAGCUUUUAUGUUGACAGCUGAUACACGGCUGAGAGCAAGCAGACCCAAUAAACAGUGUUAAUACCACA